AUGCAGUCCAGAAGAGACAACAAUUUUCCGGACAUGGAAAUGGAAUGUGCCGGAAAGACCAACCAGUCCCACUUCGUGCUCAUUCACGGUGCCGGCCAUGGCGCCUGGUGCUGGUACAAAGUUGCGACAAGCCUGAGAGUCGACGGCCACCGUGUCACCGCCCUGGACAUGGCAGCCUCCGGAGCUGAUCCCAAACCUUUGAAGGAUGUGAGCUCCUUGUCCGAUUACUGCAAGCCGUUGAUCAAUUUCUUGGAGGCUCUACCGUUUGGCGAGAAAGUGGUCCUUGUCGGCCACAGCAUGGGUGGAUUUUGUCUAUCUCUUGCGAUGGAAACCUUCCCGGAGAAAAUCGCAUUGGCUGUUUUCGCCGCGGCUUUUAUGCCGGGACCUGAUUUGCCCGCUUCAGCCGUCUAUGCUGAGCUCCCAAGGCAUCUGGAUUCUUACAUGGAUUCAGAAUAUUCUUUCGACAAUGGAGUCGAGAACCCUCCGACUUCCAUGGUGUUUGGGCCCGAGUUCUUGGCUUCUCGAUUGUAUCAGCUUUGUCCUCCCCAGGACUUGACUCUUGCAACGUUGUUGUUGAGGCCAGUGGGUGUUCUUAACCAGAUGGAUGAACUGGCGCUUUCGCGGGAAAGAUAUGGCUCGGUUCGACGUGCGUACGUAGUUUGUGGAAGUGAUCUAACUCUGAAACAGGGCUUCCAGGAAUGGCAGAUUGAGAGGAACCCAGUUGAUGAAGUGAAGUUCAUUGCAGGCGCGGAUCAUAUGGUGAUGUUGUCCGGUUGCCAGGAAUUGUGUUCCUGUCUUAAAGAUUUAGUCACUAAGUUCUCCUGAUCCUUUCUAUUUCUAUUUCUAUGCAACUUUCUGAUUUCAGCUGAAACAUUACGAGAACGAUGCUAUGCUGGUUUAUGUCACAUCGACUAUUCGUUCAUCACAACAAGUGCCAUUCAAGGAACGAUGCUAUGUGGAGCCCCACCCAUGUUCUAGUGUGUGUGUGUAUAUAUAUAUAUAUAUAUAUAUAUACACAACACUUUUAACUAGUAUAUAUAUGUAGUAUAUAUACUAUAUGGCCUACACUUCAUAAUUCAACAAAACUGAA